ACCUUCGGCAAUUUCCGUCGACAUUUAAACUUCGCCCUCGGAUGAGUAGAGUAGGCAAGAUGGCGGCUGCCCCGCUGUACUGUGUGUGCCGGCAGCCUUACGAUCUCAAUCGCUUUAUGAUCGAAUGUGACAUUUGUAAGGACUGGUUUCAUGGCAGCUGUGUGCAGGUGGAGGAGCAUCAUGCUGCUGAUAUCGACGUCUAUCACUGUCCUAACUGUCAUCCCAUCCACGGACCCUCCCUCAUGAAGAAGAGGAACAACUGGCACAGACAUGACUACACAGAGAAGGAUGAUGGGAGGCGGCCGGUUCAGGCUGGAACAGCUGUCUUCAUUCAGCAGCUGCAGGCCAGGAGCUUCCCCAGUGCCGAGGAGAUCGUGGUGCGGAUGCAGGGAGGUCAUGUGACACGGCAUUACCUGGAGACCGAGGGGUUCGAUUACCCCAUCAUAGUGCAGGACAUGGAGGGCCUGGGGCUCAGACUGCCCCCACCCUCCUUCUCCGUCAGAGACGUCCAGCACUACGUCGGUGGGGAUAAAGUGAUCGACGUGAUCGACGUGGCCAGGCAAGCGGACAGCAAGAUGAAGCUGAGGGAGUUUGUGAAGUAUUAUUACCAACCUGUACGUCCCAAAGUGCUCAACCUCAUCAGCCUGGAGUUCUCCGAUACCAAGAUGGCUGAGCUGGUGGACGUGCCGGACAUCGCACGUGAGAUGUCGUGGGUAGAGAAGUACUGGCCUGACGACUCCAUCUUCCCCAAGCCGUUUGUGCAGAAGUACUGCCUGAUGGGGGUGAAGAACAGCUACACCGACUUCCACAUCGACUUCGGAGGAACCUCCGUGUGGUACCAUGUCCUCUGGGGAGAGAAGAUAUUCUACCUGAUCGAGCCGACCAAGACCAACCUCGCGCUGUACGAGUCGUGGAGCUCGUCGGCCAAUCAGAGCGAAGUGUUCUUCGGAGAGAAAGUGGAGAAGUGCUACAAGUGUGUAGUGCAGCAGGGCACCACCGUCCUGCUCCCUACAGGUUGGAUCCACGCAGUUCUCACUUCUCAGGACUGCAUGGCCUUCGGAGGAAACUUCUUACACGACCUAAACAUCGGCAUGCAGCUCAAGUGUUAUGAGAUGGAGCGGAGACUGAAAACUCCAGAUCUGUUUAAGUUUCCGUAUUUCCAGGCCAUUAGCUGGUACGUGGCCAAGAACCUGCUGAAGACGCUGAAAGAGCUGCGAGAGGAGAAGAGUCAGCCUCAGGAGUAUCUGGUAGAAGGAGUGAAAGCUUUAAUCUCUGCCCUGAAGACGUGGCUGAGGAGGGAGUUAACGGCUCCGAACAGCGAGGUUCCGGAUCACAUCCGGCCGAGCCGCCUGAUCAAGGAGCUGAGCAGGGAGAUCCGUCACCUGGAGGUGCAGGAGGAGGAUCCGAGUAAAGCGGUGAAAUCUCAGGGAAGCGCAGAAAGCCCGUCCGCCCGUUCCUCACUCGAGAGACGCCGCCAGGCACGACAAAUCGCUCGACAACUCGGAGACCGUCGUCACCACCACCACCACCACCACCAUCAUCAUCAUCAUCAUAAUCAUCUUCAUGUUCAACAUCAUCACGAGCCCAAACUCCGAUCAAACCUGGACAUCCUGGAGCUGCACACUCGGGAAGUGCUGAAGAGGCUGGAGGUCGGCCCUCUGGAGGAGCAGGACUCCCACGUGAGCUCCAAGGUGAACAGGAAGUUCAAGAAAGUUGUCCAGCCGUCUGCCGUAACCAUUGAGGGUAACCAUGACAACGCACUGCGGCUGGUGCUGUGUAACGGCAGAAUCACAUGUGAGAGGCUGUGUCUUGGGAACAGAGCUCUGAAAGCUGAGAUGGACGAGACAUCGCCAUGCCAACAGCACCACGUUAGACCAGAAAAGCCAUCGUCAUGCCAACAAGAGAAAGCGAAGGUGGAGGCGGGGUUACAGUGUGUGGCUCAGGUCACUCAUCAUGAACUCAGGAUCAAGCUGACGAACCUCUCAGGGUUGCAGAAGGAAGAGGAGGAAGAAGAGCAGAAGGAUAGUUCAGAUUCAGGGAGCUCUGGGGAUGAAGAGGAGUGUGAGAUGCCUAAGAUGAGAAUCUCAGGGAGUCAACAUCUCAAACCACUUAAAAGGGAGCGUCCUUGCUCCCCCAGCAGGGUACCAGAGGGGGGCGCUGUGCCUCAGGAGACGUGGUGGAGUAGCAGUAGCAGUUCCAGUAGCAGUGCAGUGUGUGUCAGCAGUAACCCGAGUUCAGUAGAGGAGUGUUUAUACAGUGACGGUUCACUCUCUCCUGCACUCCAUCCAUCAAAACGACACACGCACAGCUCCAGCCCCAUCAGCAACCAGGCCACUAAAGGAAAACGUCCGAAGAAAGGCGACGCGACGUCCAAGCAGAGGCUGGGCAAGCUGAUGAAGAUGAGCACACACACUCGACUGCUGUUAUAACAUGACAGCGACUCUCACACACACACACACACACCUCUCACUACCUAACACACACACACACACACACACACACGUAUAUAACUCGUACCUUGCAUGUUUAAGCUCCAAGGUAUGUAAGAAUGGCACUAGCACGCUGAUGCUGCACGGCGGAUAAUUCACAGCACACAUGCUCUGGGAAACUGAGUGAUUCUUUACUUAAUAGAUAAAGAAUUUUUUUUUUAAAAAAACAAAACAAAAAGUGCAGGGAAAUCUGUGAUGGAAGUAGCCAAAUGUUUAUGGAAGUGUGUUUGUUUGUUUGUUUUAAGUAGACAGCUUCUGCACGUGCGGUGUUCCAAUAACACCGCUAACACGCCCUUGUUCACCGUGAAACAUGGUCCGAGUCUUAAAGUCGCCCGGUCGUCUCUAAACGUUAAUCCCAUCCGACGUCGAAAAUACGGAAUUGAACAAGUUCACGUACUCGAUUAUACGAAUUAUUACACAGAAAUCUUACGAGAUAACGUUUUACCGCUGAAGCCGCCGCCAUUUCGAGCGCUUCCGCAUGACUCCGCGGCGGUCGCGUGGAACAAAUCGGAGCGCUCUGGGGAAAAUCCCUCGUUCACGAGCGGUAAUUACGAUUUCUACGAGGACGUGAACGCUUUUUACAAGUCGUGAUCACGCCGUGACCGCAGCUGUAUCCCGAUAAUAAUCGAUGAGAUUUUCAGAACGGAGUGUUCGGGGUUGAACUUGAAUCCACGUCGGUCACUAGCGUAGCUAAGAUUUUGACUUAGCUAGCUAAAUCGGUUAACUAGAUAGCUGUUAUUUUGUCAGAGUCCUCAACCGUGCGGUUGAAGGGAGAAUUUUUGCUUUCCCGAGUUAACGCUGCGAAACUCGAACGCAUAUCGGUUUCAUUUGAUCGAUGUGUGUUAAAUCUCGCUAGCGCUUAAACUAGCAACAACAGGAUCGAUUACGAACGGACUUCACCCGCAGCCAGAUUUCUGCAGAUUUGACAGGGUUUCUGUAUGAAUUAGCGUUUGGGAGCGGGCGACGCCUCCCGGGUACGGCUCGGCGCGAUGGCGGUCCUGUGAGCGCGUUCGGGUGUGGCGCGACUGCGACGCAGUGAUUGAAGUGAAACGCAGCGAAACGGGAAAUUACACUCGGUUCGGACCAGCGUCAGUGUUUCAUUUUUCAUUUACAGCGCAAACCGCUCUGUCCUGGAAGUGAACAAGGGCGUGUCGGAGACGGGAUUGGAACCCAGCCGGAGUGUUUUAUCCAGCCAGCCAAUCACAGAGCUCUGAAUCUACAUUUUGUAUAUUUGCAGUCGGCUUUUCUUUCCCUCUCCUACCUCCACAUGUAACCUGUAGCAGAAGUGUGUGUGUGUGUGUGUGUGUGUGUGUGUGUGUGUGUGUGUGUGUGUGUGAGAUGUUUCUUGGGCAGCUUUUGUACGUUUAUUUCUGUAAGAAAUCUGAUUAUAGCGCCUCAUUUCUCUAGUUUCAACGUUGAUCACUACCUUCUUCCUGUUCGGCUGUGGCUUAAACCCCGAGGUGUGAUGGGAACGGUGCUCGGUGUAGUUCAGGGUCAUUUAUAAUCCGUGUGAAAGUUUUUAAACGGUGCUGAAAGCAAUAAUUGUACAGUGUUUGAUUAGUUAGUUGGUUGGUUGAUAUUUUUUUUAAAAACAUAUAUAUAUAUUUAAACAGGCGAGCUCUGUAGUCAUGGACUAUUCCCAUCGUUUAAAACGGACGUGUAUUUUAUUCUGUCAGUUAUUUCGUGGUGAGCGAUGCACUGGAGGAAAUCCGUAGCAAAAUUACAAGCGUUAAAUUGUCGUUCGCGGGCGUUUCCCAGAUCGGUGUGGCGCGCUCCGGUGGUCGGGUUUCGAUCGAAACGGAUAUACGUGGUUAAGAGGAAAAACGCGUUUUUAAAAAGGAUCUAAACUUUAGCUAGGUUCAACGUUAGCCAGCUAAGCUAGUUCACUAGAUCGCAAGCAGUGGUCCUGAUUUUCUUCGACAUGUCUCGCAGGUUACAGACAAAAACGAAGAAGGGAACGUGUUUUAGUAACUCGUUUCGUCAACUCAGGAAUCGGUUAAAUCUCGCUAAAUUGUAUUUAUAUCCUAGCAUUAAAACCAGCAAGUAUCAUCCGUGAACUGAGAACGAACUACGAGACACGUCUGCUUCGCCUAAAAUGUCGCGUAGUGGACGUUUCUCAAUUCUUAAACGUGAUUGGUUAGAACCUAUACCAGGUUGUUUUUGUUUUUGUUUUUUUUUUUGGGGGGGGGGGGGGUUGUAGCUACUCCAUGAGCCUCGUCUAGCUAACUCGCGCAAGUUGUUUUGACGGUGAAGUUUGAUAGUGUUACAAACGAGUGUUGGGGCUCGUAUAAAAUUUGACCAUAUAUAAUAAAUAAAUAAAUAAAUGAUGCCUCGGCGUACUAACGAAUAAUAAACACGGUUCCUGAGCAGGUUUCGUUUUACAACAGCAUUAAUGAACGGGAAUUUUUAUUUAUUCAUUUUAAAUCGGGGUUUUAUGAGCGAAUGAAGCAACAGCGAGAACUUUUAUACCGUGAUGACUUCCUGCUUCGGACGAGUUUUGUGUGAGAUUUGGGAAACGCCCACUUGUUUUAUUCUUCCAUCAAAUUUACAUAAUAAAUCUGUGACCCAGUCGUAUGUACUUUAAAUAUAUAUAAAUAAAACCCCCAGUUUAAAUAAAGAAUGAGGAAAUGAAGCACAAUGUUUUUGCGACACUGGUGUUGAUGAAAGCUGAUGAUAUUUGCCUUUGGGAUGAUGUGAGCGUGUUUAAAGCUCAGGGAGAAACGACGACGUGUUCAUCCUGCUUCACUUUUGCGCGCGCGUGUGUUUUUGUGAAACGUGUAAAACGUCUUUAUUGGCUGUUAACUUAUUAAUUUCUAAGCGAUGAGGAACGACCUGUGCUUCCUGCUCCCGGCUGUCGGUUUUGUUUAUUAUUUCUUUCACAUACAUUUUCUGUAAAUAUCUGAAUUGAAUAUUAUGUUUGCUUUUGUUUUUGUAAUUGAACGAUGACGAUGAUGAUGAUGAUGAUGAUGAUGAUUCAUUUGUAAUAGAUUUUGUAGUAACGACGGGUUUUCUCACGUGACGAAAGAAAUAAAGGAAAAAGAGCCACUCGAAAAGAACUGUGUACGAACGAAGUGUCGUUUGUGAACGAGUCGACUCUUUGAACCGAAUCGUUCUUAGGUGAACGUUGAGUCGACUCACCUGUUUAAAGAGAAGUGAUGUACUCUUGUUGUUAAUUCAUCAGUUCUGUGUUUUUGUUUGUGAUGCGAGGUGACCGACGUACACAAGUGAAUCUUCACAAGCGUCAUCUGAGAACGAUUCAGUCAGUCCGAGUGAAAAUAAUAAUCUUCUGAGAUAUAAACGUCGUAUCAAGUGUUUAAAGGUUUUAACAGAAUCUUUAAUGAAGGUUAAAUAAAUACAGCAGCAUCAUGACACUCACUAUAUCAGAGAGACGAUAACAUGACGCCGUUUUUUACGUUUAUUACUGGCCCAAGCACCGCCGGUGUGUAGAGACGAGUUCAACGCCCCCUAUGCCAUCGAUUAAGCCUCACAAAAGUUAUCAGAAUAUUUUUAAAUAUUCCAAACGGUUUGUCUGUAAUGUGCCAACGAGUCCGCCAAACAGGAAGUGAGGAACUUUCAUACGCAUCUGCUGGACCAUGACCUGAGGCUGUGCAACAAAUACCGUGACUGCACCACCUACUGGUCAAAAGUUAUAACGUUUGCAUCUAACCGCUGUUUUCGUCUUCACUAAAUUCGUCUCCCAUCAUCUUCAGUCCUGUUAUCAAGUUAUCAAAGGAAUACUGAUAUUCAAAACCGCUCUCCCAUAACGGACUGGCAAGUGCGUGAAACUACAACUCGCUCUUGAAUCUCUUCGCCGAGAGUUACGGCUCCGUGCCUGAUUAACCACUGGCGCACAUCCGGAUGUGUGACUCGGUGAGUCUGGGUGCUUGGCCCCUGAAAAUGCUGCUUGCAGCUUUAAAGGGGUCAUGACAUGUUUUUAUUUUAUUAUCUUCCCUGAGAUGUAAUUAUUAUAUUAGAAGUUUGUGCA